AUGGCCGACCGGUUCGCUGCCCUCACCCCGUACUUCCCCGCCCUCGGCGAGCCCAAGACUUCAUACGCGACCGACGGCCUCGAGCCCCUGGCCUACACCGUUGACCCCAACGGCGACGGCAAGGCAGUCUACAACCCCCCUCGUCCAGAUGGAAAGAAGAGCCCAUUCUAUGACGCCCUGUACGACCGCGAGGGUGCUCCGGGGUCCCAGUCGUGGUGGGACUUUCACGUCUAUCACAAAGCAACAAACCCGGGCCACGUCGCCUACGCGCACAAGCUGUACGAGGCCGUGAGGCGAGAGUUCCCGGAAUGCCGCGCAUACCGCUUCUUCGAGGGUCCCCUCGGCCCGCACCCCAUGCCCAUGUUCGAGGUCAACGUCUUCAACCCCGAGCAGCUCGGCGCGCUGUUUUCGUGGUUUGUGGCCAACCGCGGUCCUUGCUCGGUUCUCAUCCACCCCAACACUGGCGACGACGUCACGGACCACACUACCAAUGGCACUUGGAUCGGCGAAAAGGUCCCCCUCGAUGUCGAUUUGUUGCAGGCCUUUGAGAGCAUGCAAAAGGCCAAGCGGGAGUCCAACGUGUAG